AUGGUGGGAACGAGCGAGGACAGGUCAGAAAUUGCGUUCUUUGAUGUGGAGACGACGGUGCCGACUAGAUCUGGGCAGGGUUUCGCUAUAUUGGAAUUCGGAGCCAUUUUGGUUUGCCCCAGGAAGCUGGUGGAGCUCCAGAGCUUCUCCACCCUGGUCCGACCAGCUGACCUCUCACGUAUUUCAACUCUCUCUGUUCGCUGCUACGGCAUUACGAAGGAGGCUGUAAUUUCUGCCCCCAGUUUCAUGGAUAUUGCUGAUAUCGUCUACGACAUUCUUCAUGGGAGGAUAUGGGCAGGCCAUAAUAUACUGAGAUUUGAUUGUGCUCGCAUAAGGGAGGCAUUUGCUGAGAUUAACAGGCCUGCUCCUGAGCCAAAGGGAACCAUUGAUUCAUUGGCAGUAUUGACGCAAAAGUUUGGAAGGAGAGCUGGCGACAUGAAGAUGGCCACUCUUGCAACUUAUUUUGGGCUUGGCCAGCAAACACAUAGGAGCUUAGAUGAUGUUCGGAUGAAUCUUGAAGUUCUCAAAUACUGUGCAACUGUGUUAUUCUUGGAAUCCAGCCUCCCAGACAUACUUACAGACAAAAGUUGGGUUUCUCCUAAUGCUACAACUAGAAGUCGAAGAAAGGUGGAAAAUUCUGUAGAGCGGGCAAGCAAGAAUGUAAAUACACCUUCAUCAAGUUUUAGUGUGGAAAUCCAUUCAACGUCUCAAACAAGUGAUGAAAUGGAAGAAAUUCACCCUAUACUAUCGCCUGUUAUGCCUAACACAGGUAAAGUAACUGGGGAUCUAAUUGAAUCUAUCAGUGCAAGAUCAGACCCUUUUAACUUGGCAGCACUCAGUGAUGAAAUGAUAAAAGACCCUCUUAUGGAAGAAGAGAAAAGCCUAUCAACUGAACAGUCUUUUACUGCAUCUGCUUCUGGGGGUUCCAAUGGCUGUACUGACUUCUUGGAGGCUGAUAAUGUUUCAAUACCUUCUCUAAAUGUAACUUCUGUACCAUUUUACUGUGGAAGUCAAAAGAUACAAGUAUUGCAUAAAAAUUUCCCAUUGCAAGUUUUGUGUAGACACCUGAAGGUGCGCUUUGGAAUUAGUACAAAGUUUUUUGAUCAUACUGUUCGGCCGCGAUUGAGCUUUGUUGUGAAUGCACCACCAAGCCUAUGCCAGGUUCUGGAUACCUGUGAUAAUCUUGCUCAGAAGUUAUCUGUGGACUCUGGUAGCUGCUCCGAGUGGAGAUCUGUUGUGACUAGGAAGCCUGGUUUCGAUAACUAUCCCACUGUCCGAUUGCAUUUACCUACUGUAGCAGAUGGUGAUGAUAUCCGUUGCAUAACAGAGAUAUACCGGAAAGAUUCUUCGGCCACACAAAGGCUCGUGUUUAGUAGAUUCGACAAUGUAGAGUUGGAAUCCCUUUUCACCCCAGGGAAUCUUGUGGAUGCAUACUUCUCCUUGGAUGCCUACGAUUACCAGCAGAAUGCUGGCAUCAGAGCAGUAGCAAGAAAGCUGAUUAUCUAUGCUAAAUGA